ACAAAAUAUCUAUAUUAUGAACGCAAGAAACACUCUUGAGGUCCCGAUUCAUCAUCUCAGUGGCUUUUGAAAACAGUCGUGGUGAGAGGAGCAAAGCGUUUCAGAAUACGGCACUUUCACUGGCUGGCGAGAGCGCGACGCGUGGCAAGAGCAGGCAAUGAGACAAGGGAGGAGGAGGAGGAGAAGGGCUGAGUAGGUGAACGUCAGGCAGAUGAGCGUGGUAGUGCACAGUGUGAGGAGUGCUGCAGCCAUGGUUCCUCGGUGGAUGUGUGUGGCUCUGCUGUACACCUUCACGGCUGUGCUAGGAAGUGCAGGCGGCCACGACAGUCAGGACAAGAGGAGCAAGGCCGUGUGGUACAGGGCUAAGUUUGAUCAUGAAGGUUCCGGCCUGAGCAAUGAGCAGCUUCGUACAGUUGCAGCAAUGGAGGACAUGCAGCACUUCAGGAAGAUGUUGGCUCCCAUCCUGGUGCCUCGAGUGGUGGGCACUGAGGGACACACCAGAGUGAGGCAGCAUCUCGUGAACACUAUGAACAGCUUAGGAUGGACAGUGGAGGAAGACCGGUUUGACAGCAACACGCCUGUGGGUCGCAAGACAUUUACCAACGUGAUAGCCACUCUGAACCCUGAUGCUCCUCGACACCUCAUUCUGGCAUGCCACUAUGACUCAAAGCUGGACCGUGAAGGGGAAUUCAUUGGUGCCACAGACUCAGCUGUUCCUUGUGCCAUGCUGCUGAACCUUGCCUUUGUCAUGAGGGAAGUUCUCAGUCAGCAUUCUAAAAUGUGUUUGAAGACAGUGACCAAGGUGAACAGAAGAAGGACAAUGAAGGCAAAAUUUAAAAGAAGAAGAAGAAGGAAGUUGAAGGCAAAAUUUAAAAGAAGAAGGAAAAUCAACUCAGAAUUUAAGAGAAAAAAAAAGAAACCAGACGUCCAAAGAAACCUUCCACCAGGUUGCACCAAGGCGAAAAAGGAAAUGUUACUGAGGAAACUUAGAAUUACAUCAAGGAGUGUGAAUGAGACUUGGCCAGGUGGUGAUGGUGGUGGGCCAAGGGACAGACAUAGCUGGUUAAGGCAAUUAUCAUAUCCGUUCCAACCACUGAGGCAAUUGGGGAGAAUCAAGUGUUGUUCAGAUAAUGGAAGUCAAUAUGAGGUGUCAUUUAUUCCCAGUGUUCAAUCAGACCUGACUCUUCGAUUCAUUUUCAUUGAUGGAGAGGAAGCGUUCAGAUUGUGGUCAGACACAGACUCACUGUAUGGUGCACGGCACAUGGCUGCAAACCUUGAGGCUCGGGCUUACCCCACCAACAAUGCCAUUGGCACAAAUGAGCUUCACCGAAUGGACUUGUUUGUUCUACUUGAUCUUUUGGGAACUGCUGAUGUUAAAUUCUUCAACUAUUUUGAGGAGACCAGUCCAUGGUACAUGCGCCUGGUGUCCUAUGAACGGCGUCUGAGGGAGAUGCAGCUCCUUCAUGCCAGGAAAAAUUAUAUCUUCCAAAAUAGAGACCUUUUCCAUGCUGGUAUUCAGGAUGACCACAUCCCAUUCUUAAAACGAGGUGUGCCAGUGCUGCAUUUGAUUCCAAUGCCUUUCCCUAAAGUGUGGCACAAGAACACUGACCGAGAGGAAGCACUGCACUAUGGGACCAUUGAAAGUCUCAACAAGCUUAUGCGUACUUUUGUUGCUGAUUAUCUCCACUUGGUCCUAUAGGAAUUCACCCAGAACACAGCCUUACAUGAUGACCUGUGACCCUUUACAUCAGAUAUCAUAGUGCUGUAUAUACUACACCUAGUUCUCAUUAUAUGCGGAUUCACGUUAUUUGGUUUUUAAGCUGGCUGAAGAUUUAUCACAGGCUAGGAUAUAGGAUAGAUAAGAACCCCAACUUGGAGAGGAGGCAACAUUUCAGUGAAGGACCAAAGUCUGUUCUGGCACCAUACAAGGAAAUCUAUGUCCAAAACCAAACUUCUGCCCACCGAACAACAAUGACAAAAAUCUUCUAUACUACCCACUCCACCACCACCUGAAGGCUCAAAUGACACUCCUCCUUAUACUUCCACUCCACUCCGUCACCAUACUCCUCUCCCAUUACUGGUGUGUUGUAGUGUUGCUCUAGUGCACUGUUAGGCAGAAAAAGUGCCAAGAUUAACAAGGGGUUAGGUCAAAAUUGAGUCAUGGAAUUGAAACCCUUAUGAUUAAUGUAAAGAUAGGCUCACACUAUGGAAGGGCUUCACAGAGCUUUCUCUUCCUUUGGUAAUUUCCCUAGAGUGAGGGGUUGGCGACAUGUAUGAGUCUCCUCCAGUUUUUUUUGACCCAUGUAUCUUCCUCAUUGACUCCCAUCCUUUGCAGUUCUUCCAUAAUUCCAUCUCUCCAUUUCACUCUCUGUCUUUCCUUUGAUCCUUUCCCCAAAGCUUGUUUUCCCCAGGCUAUUUAACUGGCUCUUGGUCUUCUCUUCUUACUGCAUAACCAGACUAUCUUAACUUUUCAUCUCUAUAAUUUCUGCAAUGCAUCCCAUUCUUGUUCUCCUUCUCUCUUCAUUUUGUACAUGUUCAAAGCUCUGCAUGUAAUGAGAACUAGGUGUAUGUACUUAAAUUGCUGUGUAAUUAGUACAAUAUCCUUUGCUUUUUUCAAUAAAUGAGUAACACUAUCUAAGAAUCUUUUUGUUAAAUGAUUUGAGAAAAAUGUCGAGUUGGAAAUUACCAUCUCACUAAUUCUAAAGGGGAUCAUCAAGCUGUGUUCUGGAAAAGUUGGAGUAAAGAAAUAUGUUUUUUGUUGUGUUUGUCUGACAUUUGGUGCACCUGGAAUAAUUUUGAAGUUUUAAAAGUGUAGCAGAUUCUGAUCAUAUAUGUAUGCAUAAUUUUGUUAUUGCACUACAUUGGUUCAUUAUUAUCUUUUUAAGAUGUGAUUUUUAGUCUUUUCUCAUCAUCUUUUCUCAGUCAUCAUACAAAGUAGUUUGUUGAUGAAAGUGACUCCCAUCAUUGACUGUCUGUCUAUAUCUGACAUUCCCUCAGACCUGAAUUCUAUUGACUAUUUUCCAAGACCACAGAUAUGAUUAGCUAGGUUCUCAAGAGUGUUGCUUCUGUUAAUAGUAUAGAAAUCUUGUUAAUCUCUCACUGGAAACAAAAAAAUGCCCUUAAAACCUGUCACUUCAACUAGAGUUUGAAAGUAGUUGAGGUCUGGGGCAGAAGUGCUUGAAAAUAUCUUCCGUAAUGGAAAGAUAUUUCACCUGUUAUAAUGUGCAGGGAAUAUGUUAGCAGUAUUCUUCCUAUGGGGAGAGUGUACAGCCAGCGUUGAGAGAUAAAUAAAAUUUUUUUUUUUUUUUAGAAAUGCUUCAUUAAAUAAAAAAAAAUUAACGAGCUUAGAAUGAAAGCUUUACCAUACUGUGUGUGUGUGUGUGUGUGUGUGUGUGUGUGUGUGUGUGUGUGUGUGUGUGUGUGUGUGUACAUACGUACGUACGUACAAUUUAAUAUCCCAGAAACUGUGUCAUUUGCAUGUCUCUUAAGUUGAGGGAUGAUUAAACUACACACUGUUAUGGAUAGAAUAAGAGAAUAUUCUGGUGAAGUGAUAAAUUAGUAUUAACCAAGCAUGAUUUCAUAUUUACUUCUUGAUUGGAAUAAUUGUAACAGUAUGAGGUGUGAUGAAAAAUUGGAAACUUUUUAAUACAAAGUAAAGAACCAGUAAGAGUUGUGAGGGUGUGGGAGGAGUAAGCAGUGAGGAAGUUUGUGUUGUGUAGGAUCCCAGUGUCACCAGUGGGGCGUGUUAUUCUUGUGACUACGUUCAGAACUUGCUUGUGACUUUAUUAUGAACUUAAAACAUCUAUUUCUGUGUCAGAAUUGAUAAAUCAACUAGAGACUGUUGAAAUAAUUUCAGAGCAGACACACUGCAGUAAAGCAGAUGAGGAGCUGUCACACUUUAAAAGAAUAGUAUCACUAAAGUGUGUCAAGGAAGUUAAGGCAACAACUUGGAAAAAAAAAAAAAAUUGUGCAUAAGUCACUGAAUCAGUCAUAAGAACACAAUGGGAGGAGACUGUUUUUGGAAUUUGGGAAGUGUUCCAGUCAUGGCAAAAAUGCUGGAAGCCAGGUGUGUAUUGGUGCACAAUGUGAUGGCAGCUCAAUUUCGUUGUUAGUUUUUGCUUUUUGUUGACAAUGAUGUGAUCACACCUUAUAUUGUACUUACAUAAGUAACUUUACCAGAUAUAGUUCCAUGAUUUUAUAUAUAGUGUAUGUAUCACAUAUAUUAUAUUAAAUGACAACUCACUAGUAAUUAUAGAUACAAAUUUUAUAUUGGGUUAGGGAUGGAAAUUAUAUAAUAAAAUAAAGGCACAUUUUAUUUUGCUACUUUUAGGAUUAGGAUUGGUAUAGUUUUUAACAACAGUAAAGUAUGCGUGGACUGGAUUGAAAAAAAAACGGCAAAAAGUUAAUUAAUACAGUUAUACAAUACUCAACCUAGAGGGCAACUUACUGCCUGAAGAUUUGGCAUCAUUACAAAGAUAUUAAUAUAACUUUGCUCAUCUCUACCUAUAUCUCAGGCCUGGCCAGACUUCUUAAUCAUACUGUUUAAUGUGUACAUUCCCUACACACUAAUUCUCAGUUGUCCAAUGUACUGACUCUGCUUUCAUCAUUAUUUGAUACUUGUUCCCCUUCAGGAUGGCCAUAGCAAGACUGCUUUAGGGCUGCAUGUAGAACUAAUAUGAAUAAAUUUAUGUAAGCAGGUUCUUAACUUUAUGUUACAGCAGCAUAAGUGUACAGAAGAAAAUAAAAAGAUUCUUGAAAAUAAGACACCAAA